AUGGCGACCACCAGGUUACCCUGCAUUCCGUCGCUUCGAAAGCAGCAGCUCCACCUGGAAUUUGCGAGCUUAAAACAGGCAACACCGCCAGGGGUCUACGUGACUCUCGCGCCAGGAGACCCAACACUGUGGAAUGGAGUGAUCUUCGUUCGCUCGGGCCCCUAUGCCUCAGCAAUUCUCCGUUUCCAACUCCGAUUCCCAGAUACCUACCCCGACCUCCCACCUCUGGUCACAUUCGCGACCGACUUCUUCCACCCAUUGAUUGUGCCCCUUACCACUUAUACCUUCAGUACUGGCUCGGCAAGUGACAACCCGGUCAGCGCAACAGAUGAAGAACGUUUACCACCUGGUGGGUUCAGUCUUCGCCAUGGAUUCCCACACUGGUUUGGCAGAGCAAAGCGGAGCGGUCUAGCGUCUGGGAACACAUCGCGAAAUGUAAGCGGGAAUAGUAAAAAUGCUGCACCGGAAACGAGCGGCGUAGAUCCCACAGAAGGCGACCAAGCCCCGGACGCGUCGACUGCCUCGACAUCAACGGACCCGGAAACUACUGAUGACGCCCUGGAAACACCACGCGUGGCCCAGGUCCCGCCCAUGGACCAAUUUGCGGAACCAAAAUCUGUUAUCCCAGUCUCAGAAAUAUUGGAUUAUAUUCGGUCGACUUUCGAUGACGAAAAUGUGUUGGAUUCGUUGCCAGUUGAAGUCGCUGGCAACCCUGGAGCAUGGCAUGCGUGGAAGGCACAUCGCCGAGGUGGUACUGGUGGAGGAUGGAAACGGGGAAGUCCGCAGGCCCGGCUUCCUGGCGAUUGGCAUUGGGAUGGAAUUUGGGCUCGGCGGGCUCAAGAUGAGAUCGAAAAUUCGCGCUCUGAUCCGAUGUUGUUUGGAAGUGCUGCUCGUGGAAAUGGGGAUGACAUGAUUCGGUUCUCACGACUGGACGAUGCGAGCUUGAACGCAAUCAAGGAAAGUAUGGCAGCCAUGGUGGGCAAUGUAUAG